GAGCCAAGUAUUAGUUGGUUGGGGAUAAUUAUUUGCUUUGGAGAGUACUGUAGAUUUCUCUAUCUCUCUCUGGUAGUCACUCCUUGUUAUUGAAAGUCGGUGGCACUGCUCACCAUUUAUGGGUGCUUCCAUAAGCUAUAUCUCAGUUUUCCUGAGCUACAUCUCAGAUAUGGGGUUUCUGCCUUUAGUUAAUUUCUUCUCUUUUUUCUCUUUUGGUCUCCUCCCUUCUCCUUCCAUCUUUCCCCAAUUUUCUACGGUGGGGAAGAGGAUAAGUCUAUGCUUAGAUCCUCUUUUUUCUUCUGGUUUUUCAUUUUCAGGGUUAUUUUGGUUGGGCUCUGGUGUAGGAAACUCCUUACAAGAUGCAAUUUUGUUACUUUAUUUCCUUCCCUUUUUUUCUUUUGCUUUCUGUUUUUAGGUGUUCUUUCUUUUCUUUUGAUUUCUGUAUUCUUGCUUGUUUUCAUUCUCAAAAAAAAAAAAAAAAAAAAAAAGUCUUGCAUGUUUUGGUAAUUGAUUUUGUGAAUCAUGCUUUGCCGACUUCAUCUGUUAGUUAGGUAUAUUCAUUUUGGUAUGAAGUUAAUGGGCAUGUUGAGUCAUGGUAUAUGUUGACUAUACUGAAUAAUGGCAUAUGUUGAAAUAUUGCAGGUCACCCUGACUAUUUCACAGUCAAGGUGUAUCAUGGAGGGUGCAUAAGGGACAGUAAAUACGUUGGAAGGAAGGUGGAUUUCUACGACAACGUCGACAAAGAUAGAAUGUCGUUUGUUGAGGUAGAUAACAUGGUAAGGCAACUCAAUCCAGCUUAUAGUCAUCAAAGAAUUGAUUACUGGUAUAAGGUUGGUGAUGAAAAUGAUGAGCUGAUGAAGUUGGAAACAGAUUCAGAUGUUAUGAUCAUGUGUAGUGCUAUACCACAGUGGAGGUUGAUCAUAUUGUACUUGGACCAUAUGGAGUUGCACAAUGUGUUUGGAGAGGAAGAUGAUGACAUUUUCAUGUAUGAAGACUUCUUGUUUAAUGCAGCUCAGAGCAGUAGUGUGAUCAUAGAAGAGUUACCUGAUUCGCCUAAACCUGGUACAAGCAAGGGAAUCAUGAUUAGGGAGGUUGAGGAGACUAUAUCUACUCAAGCAAGCAUUGUUGGUGGCCUUGGUCCAAAAGACAAGGGAAAGCAGAAGUUGGUAGAGCAUGAUCCAAGCCAAAAACAGAAGUUGGUGGUGUAUGAUACAUGCAAAAAUCAACAGUCAAGUGGGAUAGGGCAGUCUAGUGGACGAGUAGGAUCUUCUAAACAACAAUCAAGUGGGAUAGGGCAGCAGGCAAAUGUUCAAGAAAAUGAAGGAAGCGGUCUUCUGGAUGUAGAGAUAGAUUAUUUGGAUGAACUUCAAUCAUUUGGUGGUAUGGAAUAUGGAAGUGAGGAAUGCAGUGAGCAUGAAGAAAACAGUGAGGAUGGUGGUGGUGAUUAUGAUCCUUGUGCAGAGGAUGAGGAGUACGACCAUUAUGGGGUCGAUGAUGAUGAUGAAUGGUUGAAUGAAGAAGAUAUUGAAGGGACUGCAACAAGACUAGAAUCUAUUCUGGGCAGGUCAAAUGUGGAUGAAGAGUGGGUUGAUGAAGAGGACAUGUUUGGUGUUGAUGAUUCAGAUGAUGAGAAGUUGGUAUAUACUAUGAAUUCUGAUGGGAAACGUGAAGAGCUGGGAUGCGAAUUCAACCCCAAAACCGAUAUGAAGAAUCCUGCUUUCAAACUUAAAAUGAAGUUUGCAACAUCGCAGAUUCUUAGGGAUGCCUUAAGGGAGCAUGCCAUUCAAGGAGGUUGGGAAUAUGUGUUCGUUAAGAAUGACAAGACAAGGGUAAGGGUGGUUUGUAAGGAGGACAACUGUCCAUUUCAGCUAUUUGCCAGCAAAAUGCAGCAUGAGAGCACAUUGAUGGUCAAAAGCUAUGAUCCAGUUCACAAGUGCACAAGGAAAUUCAACAACAGCAUGGUUAAGCAAAAGUACCUAACUUCAAAGUUUAAAGAUCAAAUUGCUCUUAAUGAGAGCUGGAAACCAGAAUCUCUAGCCAAGACAAUGUCAGCUAGCAUUAGAGCAAGGGUUUCCAAGUCAAUGGCUUAUAGGGCCAAGAGGGCUGCACUUUUGGAAGUAGAAGGAUCCAUAAUAGAGCAAUAUGCAAGGCUGAGAGAUUAUGGAAGAGAGCUUCAGAGGGCUGAUCCAUCCACUACAAUUAAUAUUAAGUGUGCUUUCCCCGAUACAAGCAACCUUCCAGUAUUUAAAAGAAUGUAUAUUUGUUUGGGGGCUCUUAAGAAUGGCUUUAAGGCUGGUUGCAGAACUGUUAUUGGCUUAGAUGGUGCACAUCUAAAGAGCUGCUUUGGGGGUCAAUUGUUGACAGCUGUUGGUAUCGAUGCCAAUAACACAUCAUGGGUGAUAGCAUAUGCUAUGGUUGAGGCAGAAAGCAAGGAUUCAUGGAUGUGGUUCCUAGAGUUAAUGGUUUCUGAUCUGAACAUUGAGCAUGAAGGAAGAGGAUGGACCUUCAUUAGUGAUAGGCAAAAAGGUCUCAUACCAGCAUUUAAUGAGGUUGUUCCAAGAGCUCAUAUCAGAUUUUGUGUCCGGCACAUGUGGACUAACUUUACGAAGUUAUUUCCCGGAAAGGUGAUGAAAGAUCAGAUGUGGACUUGUGCAAAAUCAACUACUUUACCUUACUUUCAGAAGGAGAUGGAGGAUAUGAAGGCCCUUGAUCUUGAUGCAUAUAAGUGGCUUACAGCAAAAGAGAGGCCUGCAAGACAUUGGUGCAGAGCAUAUUUCAACACAGAUGUGGACUGUGACAUCAUGAUAAACAAUCUGUGUGAGAGUUUUAAUAGUUGGAUAUUGGAGGCAAGGGGUAAACCACCAGUGACCAUGUUUGAAGAGUUGAGGGUCAAACUAAUGAAGAGAGUUGCAAUGAGGAAAGAAAAAAUGGAGGCUUACCAUGGCAAUAUCUGUCCAAAGCCAAGGGUGGUUAUAGAGAAGAAUAAGCUGAAGGCUGCAACAGACUGCAUACCAACAUUUAAUGGUGGUGACAUUGCAGAGGUAGAGAACAUUGACAGAUCGAAGAAUGUGGUGGACUUAAGAAUGAGGACAAGUACUUGCAGGCGGUGGGACUUAUCUGGAAUUCCAUGCAAGCAUGCUAUCUCUGCCAUUUACUUAAAGAGGCAUGAUCCGGAUGAUUAUGUGGCAGCAUGCUAUUUGAAGAAGACCUACAUGAGUAUUUACAACAACUUCAUCCAACCUGUAAAUAGCAUGGAUUUGUGGUCAAGAACUGAAGAUCCUCCUAUUUUGCCUCCGCAAUAUUCAAGACAGCCUGGAAGGCCCAAAACAGCAAGAAUGAAGGAUGCUUCAGAAAGGGUUCAGGAAGGUGGUGUUAAACUUGGAAGAGUGCAAAGAUCCCUAAGGUGCAGCAAUUGUAAGCAAGUAGGUCACAACUUGAAAACAUGUCAAAGACAUUUGCCACCAAAGGAAAAGGCUUCUGUUGUUAAUAAGAAGAGGAAGCUGAAUUCACAGGAAGGACAAACAUCUGAAAAUCCGUCCAAGAAAGGAAAAAAACCACCCAUGACCAAGAAUGAGUUGAGGCAGAAAGCUAAACAAAGGGCCGAGUAUCAAAUGAAAAGGAAGGCUGCCAAGAAGGCAUCAACAUUGGAAGCAAACAAGUCUGCCCCAAAGACAUCAAAGCCUAUACAAGCUGCAUCUACCCAGCAAAGUUCAAGGCCUGGACAAGCUGGAUGUGCCCCAACAAGUUCAAGGUCUGUACAAGGUUCCAAUGCAUCAACCAAAAAGGUUGCAACACCAUCAAGGUCCUCUCAAAGGGUUAGACAAAACUCAGGUAAAGGAGCUGCAAAAUAGUUUAGGGUAUGGGAUCUGAUAUUAGCUAGCCAGGCAAAACGUUUUAGGCAUCAUGUUUUUGGGCAACCUUGUGCUGUGUCACUUGGUUGCUAGCUCUAAUCUUUUGAUAAGAUGAUUAGAGCUAAAUUUAAUUCCAAACAUAUUAGUACUUGAACAAUUGGAGGAUGCAAUGCUCGAACGUUUAUUUUUGGUAAGUUAGAGCUUUGUUAAAUGGCUUGCUAAUGUUGAUGAUA